GCAUUUUUAAGAUUCUUUUAAUUAUAUCAGACAGAGAGAUAUGACUUUUGUAGUUCGUCUUCUUGUGUGUCUCUUAUUGACGCUUACAAUUACAUCUUCUCUAGCCCGCAACCCUGUUUCCGUUUCAGGUGGGUUUGAGAAUUCUGGAUUCCAAAGGAGUUUGUUGAUGGUGAACGUUGAGGACUACGGUGACCCAUCUGCAAAUCCUAAGCACGACCCCGGCGUUCCUCCGUCAGCAACCGGCCAACGUGUCGUCGGCAGAGGCUGACGUAAUGUUUUAGUUAACGCAGAAGGAAAGAACUCUUCUUGUUUACAUUUUCAGUUUGUCUGAGAUUAAAUCUCAGUUCAUAUAGCUUUCUCUAAUCUGUCUAUAUAGAUAUUUUCUCGUAAUCUCCAUACAACUUCAUUUAUUUUUUUCUUAUGGCAAUGACUUUGUACC